AAUAUUGGACUAUAAAGGGAGAAGCAAGGACAAUUCGAGCCGUUUGGAGUUCCUAUUCGAGUACGGCAAUUUCUUGGAGUGCCUUAUGCCGAGCCACCUGUAGGUGCUCUCCGUUUUGAGAAGCCUAAAAUGAAACAGAGAAUGGAUGGCGUGUAUGAUGCUACAAGAUAUAGACCCUCUUGUUUGCAACUGCAUAUGGAUCUUUUAGGGAAGCGGAAACCAGCAGCUGAAACUGGUUUACCGGAGUUCUCAAAUGACUGCCUCGUGAUAAAUAUUUUCACUCCGGAUAAUCGAGAAGAUAAUGAUAAGUUACCUGUAAUGAUUCUCUUCCAUGGUGGAGGUUUUGUUAUAGGGACAUCAUCAAUAUACCCUGGACAUAUAACUAGUGGAUAUGGGAACGUUAUAUUGGUGAACGUUAACUAUAGGUUAGGGUUGUUUGGAUUUUUGAGUACUGGUGAUUCAAAUUUACCCGGGAAUUACGGUCUCUGGGACCAACAUAUGGCUAUUCGUUGGGUACACGAAAAUAUUGCAGCGUUCGGUGGAGACCCUGAUAAAAUGACAUUAUUUGGAGGUUCGGCAGGCGGGGCCAGUGUGAUAUUUCAAGCAAUGUACCCAGGAAAUAAAGGACUGAUUAAGAGAAUUAUCCCUCAGAGUGGCAGCAUAACGUGCCCAUGGGCUUAUCAGCGAGAUUCAUUACAGAAUGCUAAACGCAUUGCUAAUCUAGUCGGAUGUCCAAACUGAUGUAGAUACUUCACGACUUGCAACUUGUCUAAGAAAUAUCCCCGAUGAAAAGUUUAUGAAAGCGUACAAUAAUCCAUUGAAUGGAUUCAGAAAGUU